AUGUCGGAUAUGCCGGCGAUGUCGCUGCCAGUGCACGUGGUGACGGACGCCUCUCAGCUCCCGCACGAGCUGCUGCACCCGCCCGUGCCGCCCGCUCCGCCGCUCGUGAUCGGAUUUGAUUGCGAGGGGAUCGACCUGGCGCGGCACGGGCAGCUGUGCAUUAUGCAGCUGGCGCUGCCCGGCGCCAUCUACCUGGUGGACGUGGUUGCGGGCGGCCAGGCGCUGGUGCGCGCGUGCACGCCCGCCCUGGAGAGCGCACACGUCGUCAAGGCCAUUCACGACUGCAAGCGCGAUGGGGAGGCUCUGUACUUCCAGUUUGGGGUGCGCCUGCAGGGCAUCUUCGACACGCAGCUGGCGCAUGCGAUGAUAGAGGAGGCGCGGGGCAUGGCGGACGUGCAGUCGGACCAGAUCUCCUUCGUGCAGCUCGCCAGCAUGCCGCAGUACUGCGGUGUGGCGUAUGAUGAGAAGGAGGAAGUGCGUCAGCUUAUGAGACAGGACCCCACGUUCUGGAAGCACAGGCCGUGGACGGCAGUGAUGCUGCGCGCCGCAGCGGACGACGUGCGCUUCCUGCCCGCCAUCCACCGCCGCAUGCACGCGCUGCUGCUCGCCAGCCCCAAUGGCCCAAACAAGUUGCGCCAGCUGGCGGUGCAGAGCGAGCUGCAUGCGCGGUGCUUCUGCCUGGGCGCGCAUGACUGGCCCGCUCCCACGCCCUGGCAGGAUGACGGGCUUGUGCGUGCUGAGGAGGUUGUGGAGAACAGUAGCAGUGCAGGAGCGGAGGCGGGGCAGGCAGAGCCGAUAGAGGAGAUCUUGUCAGUGGUGGAUGUGCCACAGGGGCUCAUGGGACUGGUCAUUGGCAGGAAGGGCAUGACCAUCCGCUCCAUCAAGGAGUCUUGCAAAGCGCACAUCGUUCUGGGAGGACAGAAGGGCCCUCCAGACAAGGUGUUCAUCAUCGGGCCAGUGAGGGAGGUGCGCAAGGCAGAGGCCAUCAUCCGCGGCAAGGUGGCACGCUGA